ACGAUGAGCACAAUGGUGCCUGUCCUGCUGUCCCUGCUGCUUGUUGUGGGUCCUGCAGUCGCCCAGGACACUCAAGACGGGCCUUACUCUCUGAGCUUCCUCUUUACCGGAGUGUCCAGGCCCAAGGCAGACAUCGCUAGUUUUCAGGCCACUGGCUUCAUCAAUGACCAGCCCUUCCUCCACUACGAUAGUAAAAGCAGAACAGCUGAGCCCCUGGGCCCAUGGAAACAGGUGGACGGAAUGGUGAACUGGGAGGAUGAAAGCCAAUUGAAGCAGGCCAGGCAGGACAUCUUCAUGGAGACCCUGAAGGACGUCAUGGGCUAUUACAGGGACCGAGGAAAUCACACCUUUAAGGGAACGUUCGGUUGUGAGAUUCGGAAUGACAGCUACUGUGGAGCAUUCUGGAAGUAUGCCUAUGAUGGACAGGACUACAUCAAGUUCAACACAGAAAUCCCCGCCUGGAUCCCCCUGCAACCAGAAGCUGUGAACACUAAGGUGAAGUGGGAGACAGAAGGCUCUGCGCAAGCGUCCAAGAACUAUCUGGAAAAUGAGUGCCCUGAAACGCUACGGAGCUACCUGCAAUUCAGCAGGCCCUUCCUGGACCGUCAAGACCCUCCCUCUGUGUCAAUCACCAGCCGUGUGACACUAGGACUCAUCCGGACCCUCACGUGCGUGGCCGACAACUUCUACCCACAACCAAUCAGUAUGUACUGGACUCAGGCAGACAGUGUAGUGGAGACUGAGUCAUGGGGAGAGGGUCCUCUCAGUGAGAAUGGCACUUACCAGUCCUGGGUGGCGGUGAAAAUCCCCUCUUUGGACAGAGGCCCUUACUCCUGCCACGUGCAGCACAGCAGCCUGGCCCAGCCCCUUACUGUCACAUGGAAUAAGAGUCAGUAACCCGGGGCUAACAGCAUCUCGGGGUCCGGAGACCAGUAGGCACCCUUUCAUCGGGACAUGAGAGAUGAGCUCUAGAAUGACUGUCAUCGCCAUCAGCGAGGCCCAGGAGGAACGGUGAAGGGGACGGAGAGGUGGUGAAUUUGGAGACACAAGACCUGAGUGCUGGGCACUGGGCUGACGCACUGCUACAUUCCUCCUCAGACCCAUUAUCUAGUCUGUGAAACCUAAGCAACACUAAUCAACUAGGCUGUGCACAAAAUAAACCAGAUCAUUAAACUGCUAAACGCUGUGGAAAUGUCA